AUGCUCUCCAGAGUAGCUCAAGCCUCGAGGCUGGGGCUGGCGGCCAGCCGGCUACCACGAAUGGCUGUGCGUCAGCCCAUCCGGUUCCCAGCUGCUGCUGCUGCUGCUCCGGCUUCGCAAUUCCUCCGUACCUAUGCGAACAAGAAAUCUAGCCCCGGAGAGACACCCAGACAAGCUCCGAAGCAGCCCUCACCCGGACCCAAGGGCCCCGCCGCAGAGGGCUCACCAGCACAAGAGGUCGACUCCUCAGCUGAACAGAAGCCCGCCGAGUCUGCUGAACCAGAACCCAUACCCUUCCACAAGCUUCCCGAUCUCACCCAGGGCAUUCCCUCGACGUUGGAGGCCGAGCUCGAGCAGAGAGCCGGCAAGUCGCAGUCGUCGCUUACACUGGGCGAGGAGGAGCCAGCUGCUGGCGGAAGUGGAGGAGGAGGCCGCGGCCGAGCCAGAGAAGAGUAUGUCUCUACCAGCGAGCGCAACCGCAAGUGGUGGACUCGCUUCAUGUUGGCUGUUACGGGCUCGGGAUCACUGAUGGGCAUCGCAUACAUGGGUCGUAACUGGGAGGAUCCCAUCGAGGCAGAGCGCCACUCCGAUAUUCCCAAUGGAUGGAGCCCUGCGCUGUGGUGGCAGCGCACCAGAGCUCGAUGGGGAGAGUCAGUGUCUUACUACCAAGACCCGGCAUUUGAGAAGCUACUACCUGAUCCCGACCCGAGCUUCGAGCGCCCGUACACCCUCUGUAUCAGUUUGGACGACAUGCUCAUCCACAGCGAAUGGACCCGAGAGCAUGGCUGGAGAGUGGCCAAGCGACCUGGAAUGGACUACUUUAUCCGAUACCUGAGUCAAUACUACGAGCUUGUGCUCUUCACCACAGCCCCCUUUGGCAUGGCAGAACCGCUGGUUCGGAAGCUGGAUCCUUUCCGUUUCAUUAUGUGGCCCCUCUAUCGCGAGGCAACUAAGUAUGAGGACGGAGAAAUUGUCAAGGAUCUCUCCUACCUCAACCGUGACCUUUCCAAAGUCAUCAUCCUCGACACCAAAGCCUCUCACGUCCGCAAGCAGCCUGAGAACGCCGUCAUUCUAGAGCCUUGGAAGGGUGAUGCAAGCGACAAGGAGCUUGUCGCCUUGAUUCCUUUCCUCGAGUAUAUCCACACCAUGCAGUACUCGGAUGUGCGAAAGGUUCUCAAGUCUUUCGAAGGAAAGCAUAUUCCUACCGAGUUUGCCCGCCGAGAAGCCAUCGCUCGCCGAGAAUUCAACAAGCAGCGUGCUGAAAAGUCAAAGCACGCAAAGCCAUCUGGCAUGGGUGCUCUUGGAAACCUGCUUGGCCUGAAGCCCAGCAAGAUGAGCAUGACGGUUCCCGUCGACGGAGAGCAGGAUCCUACCGAGGCCUACGCCCAGGGCAAAAUGCUUCAGGACAUUGCCCGUGAAAGAGGUCAGCGCAACUACCAGGCCCUUGAGAAGGAGAUUCGUGAGAACGGCGAGAAGUGGCUCAAGGAGGAGCAGCAGGCCAUGGAGAAGGCUCAGCAGGAGAUGAUGAGCAGCAUGAUGGGUUCUUUCUCUGGCAUGUUUGGCCCUAAGAAGGAGGGCGGCGACAAUACCAAGGCAUGA